UAAAUUUCUGGACUCUUCCUAUUUUAUUUAAUGUAUAUGUUUUUCUUUAUUCCCUGGCUGUCUCAGACAUGCAAUGUGUGCAGAGAGAUUGGAUUACAAAUAUUUCCUUUUUUAUCCAGUUCCUUUACAUUUUAACUCCUUGCCACAGUGAGAGCUCCCAGCAGACUGAAUUGCACUUUCUGCACAACAGGCAAGGACACCAUGCCAGCAACUUGCCACCUGAAUAUGAAGUUGUCGAACCUGUCAAGGUUGACGAAAAUGGAAAUGUCUUGUCAUACAGCAUAAUUCACCAUGAAAAUCUCAAAAGAAGAAAACGGGAUGUCCAUUCUGGGAAUGUACACUACAGAAUUCUACAUGGAACUAAGGAUUUAUAUUUUAACUUGACAGUUAAUGAAGGAUUUCUGUCGGAUAACUACAUACUUGAAAGGCGAACUGGGAAUCACAGCGGAGUAAGGAUUAGUUCUCGGACAGCAGACUUCUGCCACCUUACUGGCACAGUGCACCAAGCUGGAGCGGGAAGUGGUGUGGCUGCUGUGAGUUCCUGCUAUGGACUGGCUGGAUAUUUUCAUCUUCCCCACGGAGCUUACUUCAUUGAACCUUUAUAUAAUAAGCAUACAGCAGGGAGCCAGCAUAAGCACAUAAUAUACAAGAGAGAAGCACGACAUCGGAACCGGCAACGCAGAGACCUCCGCAGUACUGGAAAUCAAUCAUGCGGAGUCAUUGAUAAUGCGAGCUACGUCAUCCAUCAAGAGCGCCAGCGGGAGAGUUGGGAGAGAAGACAUGUGAAAAGCAGACGAAUUUCAGCGCGAUCCAUCAGCAAAGAGCGAUGGGUUGAAACGUUGGUAGUUGCCGACACCAAAAUGAUUGAAUAUCACGGCAGCGAGAAUGUGGAAUCCUACAUCUUUACCGUGAUGAAUAUGGUGGCGGGAUUGUUUCAUGAUCCGACCAUUGGUAACGCAAUUCACAUAAAAGUGGUCCGUGUCAUUUUACUGGAAGAAGAAGAGGAAGGUCUGAAAAUUGUGCAUCAUGCUGACCAGACGCUGGCUAGCUUCUGUAAAUGGCAAAAAAGUAUAAAUCCGAAGAGUGAUUCACACCCGGCGCACCAUGACGUUGCAGUGCUAUUAACAAGGAAAGAUAUUUGUGCGAGCAGGAACAGUCCCUGUGAAACACUGGGCCUGUCUCACCUGUCAGGCAUGUGUCAGCCCUUCCGGAGCUGCAACAUCAAUGAAGAUUCAGGUCUCCCCACAGCGUUUACUAUUGCACAUGAGAUUGGACACAGUUUCGGGAUUCAGCAUGACGGACAGGGGAAUGAUUGUGAGUCAGUGGGAGGACACCCCUAUAUAAUGUCCCGACAGUUACAUUAUGACACGUCACCACUGACCUGGUCAGCCUGCAGCAAAGAAUACAUCACACGCUUUUUAGACCGAGGAUGGGGAUUCUGUCUUGAUGAUUUACCAGCAAAGAAAGAUUUCAAGCUUCCCCUGAUCGCCCCAGGAGUGUUAUAUGACGUCAAUCACCAGUGCCAACUGCAGUAUGGACCCAAUGCAACCUUCUGUGAAUUGGUCGAUAAUAUUUGCCAGACCCUGUGGUGUUCGGUGAAGCAUUCAUGCCGAUCCAAACUCGAUGCUACAGCAGAUGGUACCAGAUGUGGGGAAAAUAAGUGGUGCAUCAAUGGUGCGUGUGUCACCGUCGGCAAGCAGCCGGAGACUGUGAAUGGAGCUUGGGGCUCCUGGACUACGUGGACACACUGUACAAGAACAUGCGGUGCUGGAGUGCAGAGCGCAGAGAGGAAAUGUAACAACCCAGAGCCAAAAUUUGGAGGAAAAUAUUGUACUGGAGAAAGAAAACGUUACAGGAUGUGCAAAAUAAACCCGUGUCCCAGCAAGCAGCCGUCCUUCCGGCAGAUGCAAUGCACUGAGUUUAAUACUGUGCCUUAUAAAAACGAGUUGCACACGUGGCUCUCACUGUAUAGCACAGCCAGUCCAUGUGAACUUCACUGCCAAAAUGCGGAAGGAAACUUGGUUGACAAACUUCUUGACGCAGUCAUUGACGGGACUCCGUGUUUUGAGGGCAAUACCAACAAAGACAUCUGCAUUAAUGGCAUGUGUAAGAGUGUUGGCUGUGACUAUGAAAUAAACUCCAAUGCUACAGAAGAUCGAUGCGGAAUCUGCCUGGGAGACGGCUCCAGCUGCCAAACAGUCAUGAAAACAUUUGAUCAAAGUGAAGGAUUUGGUUAUGUUGAUAUUGAUGUCAUUCCAAAAGGAGCGAGAGCAAUAAAAAUAGAGGAGGUUGAACCUGCAGGAAAUUUCCUUGCAAUACGAAGUGAAGACCCUGAGAAAUAUUACUUGAAUGGCGUAUUCAUAAUACAGUGGAUGGGCGAUUAUAAAGUGGCAGGAACUAUAUUUCAUUAUGAAAGGAAUGGAGAUCUGGAGAAUCUGACAGCGGCAGGGCCCACAAAUGAGUCCAUCUGGAUACAGCUUCUGUUUCAGGAGAACAACCCCGGAAUUAAGUACGAGUACGUCAUACAAAAAGACGUUAGCUCAGAAAAUGAGAUAGAGGCUAUCUACAGCUGGAAGUACGGAACCUGGACAGGGUGCAGUGCAACAUGUGGAGCUGGUUUUCAGCGCAAGAUCGCCAGAUGCGUAAAGAAAGGAAAGGGUGUUGUUAAAUACACUCUCUGUGAUCCUGAUGAGCAGCCAAUGUCGAGGCAGAAGAAGUGCAAUCUGCAGGACUGCCCAUCAAGGUGGUGGGCCGGUGAGUGGCAGGAAUGUUCCACAACGUGUGGUCCAAUGGGUGAGAAGAAAAGGACGGUUUUAUGCAUCAGAACGGUGGGGUCCGAUGAACAAGCUCUUCCUUCUGAGGACUGCCACCACCUCACCAAACUCAAGAGCUAUGUGUCAUGCAACAGAGAUAUUUUAUGCCCAUCCAACUGGUCAGUCAGCACCUGGACAGAGUGUUCUGUCACAUGUGGGGGUGGAGUGCGAACACGUAAUGUCACAUGUGCACGAUACAACAAUGUAACAUGUGACCCGUCCAAGAAACCCAACUCUAGAGCACUCUGUGGGCUUCAGCAGUGCCCAAAACAGGACAAAGUGCCGCCACCACCUAUAAAAGAAAACAAUGUGAAAACCAUCAUCAAAAUAAGUCCUAAAACCACAGAAGGAGCAAAGAAACGUCUGUUCCUGUUGAAAAAGAAUCCCAGAUUUCCCUUAACAACUAAAAUACCCAAAGAAAUCCAUUCAACACCUUCCACCCUCACACGCUUACCUUCAGUGAACUCCAUAGAGGAUGAUUUUCAAAUCUACGAUAUUCCCAAUUCUACCCACUUCAACGUAAUUUACAAGUAUAAUUUUGCUCUUGUGGCUAAUAAUAAAAAAAAAGUAAGUGUGAACUCUACAAGGCUCCCUGCAGUCCAGCAAGAACUAAAUGAGAGCUUAAGAACAGACAAUGAAAAUGUAACAGAAAGAAAUUUUGAUUUGGUUGCCAACACCACUUCUACUUCCAAUGCUACUCAUAUCCCAGUGAAUGUAACGCCAAGAUACGACUUUCCAACUCAACAACCGGAGACACAAACCAACUCAGAGGAUACUGAAGUGCCAACUGGACAGCCAGACAGCUAUUAUGAUACUGAAAUUAAUGACAUCAUUGAAGCUAGGAGUAAGAGGCACAAGGGUAAAUCCAAGGUCAUUCAGGACAAUUUUGGUACAGUUCCGUACCAACCUGAAUCAUCAACUCUACCUUCAGUUCUUGUUGCCACAGUAACCUUGGGAUCUAUCAGAACUGAGUCAGUCACAAACUUUGUAAUUCCAUCAGAGAAUACUUAUCAAGAAGACAACAAGGAACAGGACCCAGAACUGCCAGACCUGUUGCCAACUCCCAUAACUAAUAUUUCCCAAAUGUUUUCUCCAGAGCUCAAUACCACAUCCAAAAGUAGCCUUUCAUCUUCACUGGCAGGGGAAAAUGUUACAGAAUCGACUUUUAAUAAGUCAAGUACCAUCUUCUGGAAAGUAGGAAAUUGGAGUGAGUGUUCCACAACAUGUGGUCUGGGGGCUGUCUGGAGAAAUGUGGAUUGUAGCACAGGGACUGAAGGAGACUGUGAACACGUUAAAAAACCCGAUCCUGCAAGGAGAUGUCACCUUCGCCCGUGUGCCAGCUGGAGAACCGGAAACUGGUCCAAGUGCUCUACAAAUUGUGGUGGUGGCUUCAUGACCAGGGAAGUACAGUGCACAGACAUCCGAGAAAACCGACCUCUGAGGCCUUUUCAUUGUCAGCUGCCAGGGCAGAACCCUGUCCAAAACACUUCUUGCAAUACAGAGCCCUGCUUGUCGUGGCUUGCCAAACCAUGGAGAGAGUGCUCAAAGACAUGUGGGAAUGGCGUUCGUCAAAGAGACAUAUUUUGCCCAAAGGAGAAUCGAUGUGAUCUGAGGAAAAGUCCGGUCGUCAUAUUAAACUGCAGUCAAGAGCCAUGCGUCAGCUGGAGAGCCAGUAACUGGACAGAGUGUACGGCCGAUUGUGGAGAGGGCGUACAGCAGAGAAACAUUCAUUGCGUCGACGGCGAUAAUAACAGAACUGUAAGCCACAGCCUUUGUGACAAGAUGCCGAAACCUCAGGAAACUAAAGAAUGUAAUAUCCAGGACUGCACACAGAGCACAGAGAUGCCAUGUAUAAAAGACAAGCUGUCAAUUAAUUUCUGCAAAACUGUGAAAUCUAUUGGGAAAUGUUCAUCGAAAGCCCUUCAUUCACAAUGCUGUUUCACGUGUGCCAGUCAAGAGGAUUCUUUGCCAAACAGCUGAGUCAUUGUCAUUGUCAAAUCAGUCUAUGUACUAUUUGCUGCAAUAAAUAGUAAUCACAUAUCACA